AUUGCUGAGGAAGAAAUAGUACUCGACCAAAACAACAAAAUUUCGACAAGACGGAUUCACCUUGUAAAUAACACUUUAUUCGCUUCUUCAAUGUUUUUAAUCAAAAUGAGGUAACGGUUUGAUGGAAUGGUCAGUAUAUAUCAGACAAAUCUAAGUAAAAUGACCACUUCUGUGCCUUUCUUGAAGAGGGCACGUGGUAGUACCCAGUCUCCCCAGGGAGGGGCCACCCCUGGGGCCACUGCCUCCUCUCCAGGGAACUCGCCACAUGUUGUCAACGCAUUCCAGCUAAACAGCCGCAAGACCUUAGAAGACGUCUUGGACUGUAUGAAGGACCUGAAGUCGGACUUUGAGGCCAACAACCAACCUAUUACUGACGACAACCAGACACUUCACCGGUUCUGUGCUAAACUGGAAUAUCUUCUACAAGCAAAUAUGAAGGAUAAGCUAACACUACUGGGGAGAAAGAAGGACUACUGGGAUUAUUUUUGCGACAGCAUCGGCUCCACAAAGGGGGUCAACGAUGGACUCAAGUAUGUCAAGACGAUUGGAGAUUACAAGACAUCUGUCGGUAAGGGACGAGCGUUCCUGAGGUUUUGUCUCAUGCACGGUAGAAUGGCAGACAGCAUACAACAGUGUACAAUGAACGGCAAAGUGACCAGUGACUGGUUCCACCCCAAAUCGAUCUGGUUACAACACGAAGACCGUAACAAUAUUAUAAGUGCUCUGUAUGACCUCAACGACAUCCAGUUUGACCUUGCUGCUAGAGGUUAUGACCUUGACAAUGCCUGGCCUUCAUUUGCAAGGAAGAAUUUGAUUGGCCAUGGGUCAAACAACUGGAAUCUGACGAGUAGAACGUCAAGUAUGACAAGUCUGUUAAGUAUACCUAGUCAGGAUUUAAACUCGUCCAGACAUGGUCUGUCCAGUACCCCCAAUGAUUCUGACCUUGACCACUUGACCUCUGACAGCAUGCACGCUGACCUGAUUGACAAGAUGGAGGCUAUGGAGCAACAGAAAAUGAGUUUCCAGCAGUCCGUUAUCACAUCACAGGGAGAGCUAGGCCUGCUACAGGAGCAUUACAAAAAUCUCAAGGCUGACCACGAAGCUCUGACCACUGACCACAAGGAUGUACAUCACAGGUUUGAUCGGCUGAGCCUGGAGUGUGAGACACGGGAGAAGGAAUGGCAGAUGAAGGAGGACAUAUACAACAAGCAACUGGACAGUGCCAAACAGGAAACUGAGUCUCUCAGGUCAAAGGUCAACAGCAUGGAGGGCAAAGUUCAACAACUUGACAUGUCCAGAAAGGGUUCUGAUGACUCCAACAUGGCCAGGAUUGCUGAACUAGAAGAGCUGAAAAUGGACCUCACGUUACAGGUUCGUACCUUGAGCCAGGAUCUUGAAAACGGGAAAAAAGCUGAGGAAAAGCAUUCUGACAUGAUCAAGGAUAUGGAACUUAAGCUAGAAGCAUCUGAAUCAAAGGCAAACAAACUCUUGGACAAGUUGAAAUCUGUUGUUGAAAAUAAAAAUGAAGCUGCAUCUUCACAAAUGGAUUCUGUCAGUCAACUUCAAAGUGCUCUAAUCAGUUUGAAAGAAGCAGAAGAAGAAAAUCUUAGACUAAAAGGAGAACUACUUGAGGUGACCAACCAGUGUAGUCAAAGAGAUCAGGAGUUAGCUGCUUUGGAGAGUAAAGUUGUCGAUUUGACCACUCACAGAGAAAAUGAAAACCACACCGCCCAGCAGAAGAUCGAAAGUCUACAACAGAAACUUGAAACCGAAACUUUAAGAACAACACAGGAACUUAAGUGUCUGCAAGACUUAAACGCAACGAUAGAAAGAGAAAAAAUGGAGGAAAUGGCAAAGUUAGUAAACGAAAAUAAAAUGUCGUGUCUGGAAAGUGAAACCAGUAAAAGUGACAUGGAAAAAGUGAAAGUGUUAGCGAGCGAAUUGGAAACAAAACUGACCAAAUCAGAGGAAAGUAGACAUUUUGAAAGUGCAAGGUUACAAGAAAGUUUAAAACAUUUAACUGCUGAAAACUUAAGGCUACAAACAGACAUUGAAAGUAUAAAUGAACAAGUAGCUGAAAAGGAGAGUGCUAUAGUGGAAAAAGCACAAAAGUUGGAGGAAUCUCAGCGAAUAUUAUCUGAGGAAAAGGUUCGCUGUGAGAGUCUUCAUGCACAGGUAAAAAGUCUCCAAGGCGAUAUCAAGGGCAAAGAAACAGAAAUUCGAAACAUGAUCGAACAACAGUCCUUAGAAAAGGGAUCUGUUACUGAAGUCAAGACUGCACUGCAGGAGAAGAUGGCCGCUAACAGAGAACUGGAAACAAAGGGGAGACAAUGUGUGCAAUCCAUACAAUGGCUACGAGGCUGUUUAGACGCAGGAUCUUACACUAAGAUUCCAAACAAGAUGGAUGAUGUUGAGUUUUCAAAUGUAUUCAGUGAGGUUGUAGAGAAAAUGGCUGAAAAGGACGACAGGAUGAAAUGUUUGGAAUCUGACAAACAGUCUCUAUCGGAGCAGUGCCAUUCGUUAACUGUAGAGAGCGAGGACCAGGGGAGACAACUUAUGAAUAGCAAAAAAGACGCAGAAAGUUUGAAGAAGUCUUUGUUAGAUUUACAAGAAAAAGAAACAAUUCUUAAGAAUCAAAAUUCAGAAAUGUCUGAAAACGUUCACAAUCUCUCUGAAACAAGGGAUAAAUUGAAUGAAUCUUUAAGAGAGAAAGAAACGAUUAUUUCUGAAAGGGAAGCAGACGUUAAAAAUCUGAAAGCAGAAGUUGCUAAACUGGGAAAAGAAUUGAAUGAAAAAUCAGCAACACUACAUGAACUACAGAAUUCUUUGUCAGUGUCGGAAGAAAAGUUACGACAAAGUUCAGCGACGCAAGAACAAACUAGUCAGCAUCAAAAUAGUCUUACUGAACAAAUUCAAUCUCUUAAAAGUCAGCUGGACAAACAGACAGACAAAGCUAACGAGAUGCAGUCUGACUUAGCUAAAUCGAGAACAAAAAUUUCAGAAACUGAAACAAAAUUGAGUGAUCUUGUUGUAGAAAAGUCGAAAUCGGAUAAAAAGUGUGAGAAUUUGUGUAAACGUUUAGAUGAUCUGACAAAUGAAAAUCAACGCUUGAAAAAGAAUGUUGCAUCAGCUACUGAAGAAAAGCAACAGAUAGAACAGAAGUUGACAGAGGUGAAAAAGAGUUUGUUUGACUCGGAGCAGAAGUUGUUCACCGUGAGACAGGAGAAGGAGGAAAGGGAGAAGGGGCACCAGGAAGUUCUAGAGAGACUUCAGAGUGAGCGACAGGACCUGACAGAAAACCUAGAGGAGGCCAUGACAGACCUAGGCAGUAUUAAACUACAGCUGGAGCAGACGUCACGUGAGCUAGAGAACACCUACCACCUCAAGGAUCAACUUGUGGCCGAACGGAACGACAUCAUAUCUGACAAGGUUACUAUGGAGGAGAGGAUAACACAGCUACAGACUCAAUGUCAAGGUCUUGAUGAGGAGGUCAAAGGUCAAAAGAUCAGGGUCAGUGAAAUGACGGCCAUGUUUGAUGGAUUGAAAGCAGAGAAGACUGGCAUGAUGUCGGAGAAAGAGAAAGUUGAAGGAGAAAUCGGGACGCUUCAAAAUGAGUUAAAAGAUUUAACAACAGAGAGAGACGAAGCAAUGGUAAAAAUUGACGCUCUGGAAGGAGAAUUGAAGGCAAGUGCAGAAAAGUGGAAAGAAAAUUGCGAAGUUUUGGAGGAAAAACAAAAACAAUUGGAGAAAGAAAUGAAUACUUUGAGAGAUGAAAAAAGUGAGUUAGAAUCUGCUAUGAUAGGUUUACAAAAUGAACUCAAAAACAACACAAGUCAUACUGAGGAACUGGAAAGUCUUUUGAAAAAUAAUUCGGUGUCUUUAGAGGAUUUGGAGAAAUCAGUAUCUGAAAAAGACAAACAUGUUGCUGAGCUUGAGGAAACCUUGAAGUCCAUGGAAGAGAAUUUUGACCAAGAGCGGGAAACACUAAAGCAGGAAAUAACAGCUCUACAGUUCCAGAACAGUGCUGAGCAGAUACAGCAUCAACAGGCCCUGAAGUCGUACAACUCUCAGGAGACAAACAUCGGCGAGUUGAAGGACAAACUGAUGGAGCAGGAGGGCCUCAUAGAGCAGCUGGAACAGGAGAUGGCCGAGAUCAAGUCCGCCCGGGAAAGAGAGAAGGACAGACAAGGUCACGAGGUGGAAAGUUUACGGUCCAUGGUGCAGACCAGGGACAUGAAUAAGGGGGAACUCCAGGAGAAACUCCUUAUGACCAGAAAAGAUUUGGAGACCGAGAAAUCUGUUGUUUUAUCUCUUAAGAGCCAGCUAGAGGACGCUGAACGGAGACUAAAUGACUCGGGGAUGGAGAGUCAGAGCGAGAUCUCAGAACUUAAAACAGAUACAGAACAACUAAAGAAAAAACUCAUCAAACUCAUCCGAGAAAAGGACACACUUUGGCAAAAGUCGGAUCAGCUGGCCUAUCAACAGAAGGAAAAGGUCAAAGAGAAGUGGAUGGAUGACAAAAAAGUGCUCAACUGUCUCGGCUGCAAAACCGAGUUCUCCUUCACAGUCAGAAAGCAUCACUGUCGGAUAUGUGGGAAGAUCUUCUGUUUCAACUGUAGCAAUAACUGGAUCAUGACAGCGCACAGCAGUAAGAAGUCUCGGGCCUGUAACAUGUGCUACCUAUGGCAUAGUCAGAUUGAGUCGGAUCAGGCUGAUACACCAGACACAGAAAACAAUGACUUUGAAGACACUGUAGAGCUGCCUCAUUGUAAGUUCCGUACCUCUCGCGGCCUGUCAUUAGACCAAGAGGCAGCAGACACGUACGGUCAGUCUAUUGGCAAGGAACCAAGGGUGGUGGUCAGCCAAAUGAAUGAGAGCACUUCUACUAUAGAGUCUUCAGAGCCCACAGACCAGUCCUCCAUGGAGGGGUCAAGGACAGAAGAGAUGACGUAUACAGUUCCCGGUCAAGUGGCCACUGAUAUCUCAAUAGCAUUGGUCGGUGAAAAUGAGACUGACGAAACCAAAGUGAAGAAAACUGUUACAGGGGAGGAAGAGGAGGGAGCUGCGGCACCUUCGAAAGACGAUGUCUUCCAUAUGAUCAGCGAUGAGGAAAUCUCCAAGUCACUGACAAUCAGCGAAGAUUCACAGUCAAUCACUAUGGACCCCACACUGACCACAAGUCUGACAGUUUCUACAGAGGAGUUGGAGAAAGGCAUUAUCAACAGUACAAACGAGGUGACCAUUAGGGCCGGCCGUAGGUUUGCUGUUCCUAUCAUGGUGGACAAGAUCAAUACCGUACUCUGUUGGGAGUUUACUUCACAACCAAAGGACAUCGUGUUCAGUGUGACGUACCAGACCCGGAGUGAUCUCCCCCAAACAGCCGCCCAGACACUAGUGCCAUCUUGUAAGUGUGACUCCCACAAACAGGCUGUUAAAGGGGAGCUCACGGCCAAACAACUCGGGGUCUACACCCUCACCUUCGACAACACCUACUCCAGAAUGACGCCGAAGAAAGUUUCCUAUUAUUUGUGGAUACGUUAGUGUUGACUGCUGUGGACAGUGGUGACAGUUUGUAUUUUUUCACUCUGAAAUACUUUUAAAAAUGGCAAUGGUAUGUGAUGAGAUACUUCCAUCAUGGUGCAUAAAACAAGAUGUUAAUCUCUACAAGAUAAGGACAUGUAUAUACAGAUUUAGAAUUCAUGUGGUUGAUCAUCCUCAAUAUCCAGGGGUUACGCUCACUUUCGCUCUCUGCGCCCCUGGAAUAUGUCAAAGCAAAAUUGAAGG